UCCCGUCUCGUGACCGGCACACCGCAGAGCCAAUCAGGACUCACCAUCUGUAAACAUGGCGCCCCGCUUCAGGUGGAGAUGUGUGCUGCUGCUGCUCUGCGCCGGUCUGCUGUGUGUUUUAGCGGCUGACAGCAAAGAGAAGGCCCAGAAGAAGAAGAAGGACAUCCGCGACUACAACGACGCAGACAUGGCGCGGCUGCUGGAACAGUGGGAGGAGGAUGAUGACAUCGAGGAAGGUGACCUCCCAGAACACAAGAGGUCUCCUCCCCCCGUCGACUUCUCCAAGGUGGACCCCUCCAAGCCAGAGCAGCUGCUCAAGAUGUCCAAGAAGGGCAGGACCCUGAUGGUGUUUGCCACAGUGUCGGGGGAUCCCACUGAGAAAGAGACGGAGGAGAUCACAGGCCUGUGGCAGGGCAGCCUCUUCAACGCCAACUUUGAUAUUCAGAGGUUCGUGGUGGGGUCCAACAGGGUGAUCUUCAUGCUGCGAGACGGCAGUCUGGCCUGGGAGGUCAAAGACUUCCUUGUGGCCCAGGAACGCUGCAUGGAUGUCACAGUGGAGGGACAGGUGUUCCCUGGAAAGCCUGCCAAGAAGGACAGUGCCAAAUAUAACCAGCAGAAAGAAGUCAACAGCAAGAAGAAGAGCAAGAAGAAGACGGAGAGCAAGAAGCCGGACUUAGAGGGGAACAGCGCCAGUCCUCUGAAAAAUGAGCUGUGAUGGAAUAACACUGAGGGACUCUAGGAGUCAUUGGUCCUUUGUCUUUCCUUCUGGCCUCAGAUGUGUGUAUUCUCAAGAUCAUGUUCUGUGAGGGGGCUGGAGGACCGCAUGAAGAUGCAGAGACAGAAAUUGAGUGAACUAACUAAUCCUGUUCAGUGUAUUCACCUGGACUGCUGAGCUGGAAUCACUGCUCAGUGAUGUACUGAAACAUAUUGCAGUGCAAGUACUUUAUUGAAAUCAUCAUCAGAGUGGUCACAAGCUCAAAUGAAAAUAAAAAAACAAAUGAAAACCAAUGAA